GACUGUCAGGCUGGGGAAACGUCCCCAGGGCCAAUCCACAGCCCUAAAGGAGGAGGUGGGUCCGCAGAGACAGGACCUGACCUGACUGCCUGGGACAGGAAGCCACCCUUAGAUCACAGCCCUUCCUCCAACCCUGCCAUAGUGUAAUUUGACACUCAGUCAUUUGUUCCGCCCUCCUGGUGUCCAGCCAAUUCGCAAUACCCCAAAGCCAGGAAAAGGAAACUUCAGAGAAACCGAAACUACUGGGGAAAGAGAAGACCCACUGAGCACCAUCCAGCUGUCCAGACCACAGCUCGCUCCAUCCCGGCACCAUGAACCACACUUUCCAGACCUCUGUCAGUGGCGUCCACACUGGUGUCCCCCCAACCUAUGAGAUGAUCAAGGAGGAGCAUGAGGUGUCCGUGCUGGGGGCACCCCGGAGCUCAGCUCCCGUGACGACCACCGUGAUCAACAUCCGCAGUGACACCUCCGUGCCCGACCACAUCGUCUGGUCCCUGUUCAAUAGCAUCUUCAUGAACUGGUGCUGCCUGGGCUUCGUGGCUUUUGCCUACUCCGUGAAGUCUAGGGACCGGAAGAUGGUGGGCGACGUGACUGGGGCCCAGAGCUAUGCGUCCACCGCCAAGUGCCUGAACAUCUGGGCCCUGGUCUUGGGCCUCUUUCUGAGCACCGGAUUCAUCGUGGGGGUUGUCUGCCUGAUAAUUUUCAUGUGACAAUAAAGGGCCUGCAGGAGGGCAGAGGCUACUUCUACCUGCCCAUUGCCCCGGCCCUGUCCCCACCAUAGCCUGCUGGCCCAGCAUCCUGGGGCUUUGGCCCUGCCUGCCUGCCCAUACCCUUUUAUACAGCAGUUUGUGCAGACACACCUGUCUACACCUGGAUUCAAUAAAGUGCAGUUGCCUGUGA